AUGUCAGAGAAAAAAUCUUUCGAGGUCAAACAACGACCCGUGGACGCCGAGAUUGAGGCUGGAGCACUCGCCCCAAUCACCGAGCACACUGGCACGGUCCAUCUUACCGAAGCAGCGGAGCUCUACGGCGAUGCACACGCAGCCGAGACUUACCGCUACGUUGCCAGAGGACUCAAAGCCCGACACAUCCAGUUCAUGGGUCUCGGCGGCUCUAUUGGGACAGCGCUAUUUUUGGGCAUUGGAAGAGCGUUGGCUGCUGCUGGCCCGCUCAGCAUCUUUCUGGGAUAUACCAUCUCUGGUGUGGCAAUUUUUGGAACAAUGCAAUGCCUCGGCGAGAUGACCACCUGGCUACCCAUGCCGGCGGCCCUUCCUAGCUUUGCGUCCCGCUACGUCGAUAAAGCUCUAGGAUUUGCGGUCGCAUGGAAUGGAUGGUACAAUUAUGCAAUAACCAUAUGCAUCGAGAUUUCAGCAGCUGCCGUCAUCAUCGGUUAUUGGAAUACGACUAUCAACGUCGCCGUAUGGAUCAGCAUCAUCAUUGUGCUCCUGUUAUUCCUCAAUCUCUUCGCCGUCUCCUUGUAUGGCGAAGCGGAAUUCUGGUUCGCCAGCCUCAAGAUCGUCACAAUCGUUGGGCUUCUGAUACUGUCCUUGGUUCUGGACCUAGGCGGCGGUCCAAAUCAUGACCGAAUCGGUUUUCGAUAUUGGAAAAACCCCGGAGCCAUGAAUACCUUUGUCGCCGAGGGCGCCGAAGGACGGUUCCUCGGCCUCUUUUUCAGUCUCGUCAUGGGAGCGUUGUCCUUCGGAGGUAUCGAGGCUGUCGUCAUCGCCGCUGGAGAAGCGAAGAAUCCAAGGAGGAAUCUUCCCAAAGCCAUUCGCCGGGUCUUCUGGCGACUUGUUUUCUUUUAUGUCCUCGGAUCGCUGGCUGUGGGACUCCUGGUCCCCUACAAUGAUCCUGACCUCCUGUCUGCGCUGGCGACUGGCGCUCCGGGUGCGGCCGGAUCGCCCUGGGUCAUUGCGAUCAAGAAAGCCGGCAUCCCAGUCCUCCCAUCCAUCAUCAACGCUGUGAUUUUGAGCUCGGCGACCUCUGCGGCCAAUGCAUGCUUGUAUAGUGGCAGUCGCUACUUGCUGGUCAUGGCUCAACAGGGCUUCGCACCCAAAUUCUUCCUCCGAUGUUCUCAAAGGGGGAUUCCUUAUUAUGCCGUCGGGUGUACAGCCGUGAUAACUGCCUUGACAUAUCUCAGCUGCUCCGCUGGACCGGUCAAGGUCUUUAUCUGGCUAGCAAACAUUUCCGCCCUCGUCUCGAUGUUCUCGUGGUUGACCAUUUGCAUCACAUAUGUCCGCUUUUACGCAGCGCUGAAGAAGCAAGGCGUAAGUCGAGACGACUUAGCUUUCAAGUCACCGUUCCAGCCUUACCUGGCCUGGGGAACCAUUGUGUUCUUCUCUAUCCUUAUGCUGUUUAAUGGGUUUUACUCUUUUACCCCUUGGGAUACCGACACUUUCAUCUCUACAUACAUCACCGUGCCCAUCUUUUUCGGACUCCUCAUCUUCUGGAAAGUGUUCAAGAGGACGAAGGUGGUCGACCCGGCGGAAGCGGAUAUUUGGACUGGGAAGGCAGCCAUUGAUGCUGAGGUCUGGCCAGAACCAGCGCCCAAGAAUUUCAUCCAGAAGGCGAGUUCCUCCACCGGCCACGUCCACUCGAUGGUUCUCAUCGCUGACGUCUCGCGCUCACUCUAG